AUGGGUUCUGUGCUUUCCCUCUCUGUUAAUAACGCUGCCUCCAGGCAGAGGAAUAAGGCUGAGGAUAAUGAUGAUGACUUACUUGAUAGCCGAGACCGUGUGGAAGACAUUGCCAAGUUUCCGUACGUUGAAUUCACGGGUCAGGACAGCAUCACCUGUCCCACUUGCCAAGGCACUGGCUGCAUUCCCACAGAGCAGGUGAAUGAGUUGGUGGCUCUGAUACCCUACAGUGACCAACGGCUUCGUCCACAGAGAACGAAGCUGUAUGUCCUGCUGUCGGUGCUGCUCUGCCUGCUGAUAUCUGGGCUGGUGGUUUUCUUCCUGUUCCCACACUCUGUCCUGGUAGAUGACGAUGGUAUUAAAGUGGUUCAGAUUUGGUUCGACAAGAAGAACUCGGUUGUCAUUCUUGCCAUCACGGCCACCUUACGGAUCAGGAACUCCAACUUCUACUCGGUGACGGUGACCAGCCUGACCAGUCAGGUGCAGUACAUGAACACCGUGGUGGGAACCCAGCAGAUCACCAACGUCUCCAGCAUCCAGCCACUGAGUGACAAACUGGUGAAUUUCACUGUGAAGGCAGAGCUGGGUGGACCCUUUUCCUAUGUGUAUUUCUUUUGCACGUUUCCCAAGGUGAAGGUACAUAACAUAGUGAUCUUCAUGAGGACAUCGGUGAAGCUCUCAUACAUCGGCCACGUGACGCAGAGCGCUUUGGAAACCUACCACUACGUGGAUUGUAGUACCAACUACACGGCUGCCCCGGAACCCCUGCCUCUGCCGUUCCCCUCGACACGAGGCGCAGCCAAGAUCAAGCCCUGA